AUGACGCUCACUUUAUUUUUGGCAUUACUGCAUGCCUCAAUAUUCAUUGUCUAUGGGUCACAUUUUCUUGGUGGAACUGUUACGUGGCAUCCGUUGAAUGAAUCUGCUACUGGAUCACCAGUAGCGAUUGUAAUAACUCAAACCUAUUCAUGGACAUAUUCACUGAUCACAUGUACCACAGCCGAAAUUGCUACCGGCCAAUUGAUUCCUGUUGGUACAUAUACUUAUCUGAACACUGAAACACUUGAUUGCAUAAGUAAUUGCAACCCUGGCGCAACUGGUUACGUUGCUCCACUUGUUAGACCGCAAUGCACUGAUAUUUCAGCACCAAUUGGUACCACUGUUGGACAGCGUUCCGAUAUUGUCUAUUUGCCAACUGGCGACGAUUUUUCUGCUGCUUUUCAAAAAACUGCAUGGCGUCCACUAGCAACAGCUUCAAGUGCUGACUGGUCGAUCUCAACACAUAUCAUUGUCAAACCAAGAGCCGAUAAUGGCUUAUAUAACAGUGCUCCUGUGGCAACUAUGAUGUCUCCGAUCGAAAUUCCUGUCAAUCAACCAACAGUUAUUACGAUACCCGUCGCUGAUGCCGACGGUGAUCCGACACGUUGCCGCUGGUCGACAUCUUCAAAUGGUGUUGAUGAAUGCGGUGGUGUCGAAGAUUUUAUCUCUUCAACAAGCACUACUCCACUCAGUGCGGUACCCGUACAAUUUCUCGUCCAUGUUGUUGGCCCAUCGCCAUGUGCUAAUGAUCCAGAAAUUAAUGGAAUACCGCUUGAAGACUCAUGUGUACCUAUAACAGUCGGUCAAACAUUUAGUUCGAUGUUGAUUGCAAUCAACAAUUGUGGACCAAGUGUAACCAUUGAAGAUAUUUCAACACUAUCAUUUCCUGAUCGACCACGACAACAACUUCGACAACUUCAACAACAACCACAACGACAACAACAACAACGACAACCACAACGACGUCAACAUCAACAACAUCAACAACAGCAACGACAACAACGAAAUGUAUACCUAGAUUGA